GCGGGCAGCUGUUUCCGGUUCCGCCGUCACUCAGCUGAUCCUCUGCUGUUUGUAAACACAGUGGUCCUCCCUGUGUCGUUCGCGGGUCUGUGGGUCCGCGGGUUCGAGCUCGAAGUGUUUUCCUGCCUCCUCCUCGUCCACGAUGAUGGAAGGUCGCGAGGAUAGUGACGUCAUAGAGCAGCAGGUGGAGGACAACACGGAGAAAAGCUCGCGCAGCCUCGCAGGAUCCUCCCCCUCCGUCAGUCCGGCAGGCGGGGGGCGGGGCCCCUGUAGCUCCUCCCACAGACUGUUGAACUACAGUGACGCGCUCCUCUCUAUCAUCGCGACGGUCAUGAUUUUACCUGUGGCUCACACAAAGAUGGAGGAUGACGAGCAGUUACGACAAAGUUUUCAGCUUCUGUUAACAACAAAAAUCGCAGUUUAUUUAAUGACGUUUCUCAUCGUGACUGUGGCCUGGGCCGCCCACAUCAGGUUGUUUCAGGUCAUCGUUCACAUCGACGAUUGUCUCGCUUUACUCAACCUCGCUUGUAUGAUGAUCAUCACCUUCCUGCCAUAUACAUUUUCUUUAAUGGCCUCUUUCCCUGACAACGGUGUGGGGCUCCUCCUCUUCUGUGGUUCAGUGAUGAUCAUUGGACUCAUUCAGUCAGGGAUCGUGUUGUACGCCUUCAGUCGUCCGGUUCUGCUCAGCGAUCAAAUCCAGAUGUCGGAGAAUCGAAGCUUCUACAAACAUCACAUCCUUAAAGUCAUCAUGAGAGUUCCCAUCAUGUGCUUCUUCGCCAGCGUCAUCUCCUUCGUCUUCUUCCAGCUGUCGUACGCGUUGUUGGCCGUCGUCGUCUUCUUGCCGUACAUCUCUCAGGGAGUGAAGUGGUGUCGCAGCAAAGCCAUCGGUCACGUGGACGAGUCUCCGGACACCAUGUUGUUCUCCCGCUUCCUGCCCAGUGAAGCUCUGAGUAAAGAGCGCGUGGAGGCGUUCAGCGACGGCGUUUACGCCAUCGUGGCGACGCUGCUCAUCCUCGACAUCUGUGAGGACAACGUUCCAGACCCGACGACGGUGAAGAAGACGUUUGGCGGGAGUCUUGUCGCCGCCCUGCAGGUCUACGGUCCACAAUAUCUCGCCUACUUCGGUUCCUUCGCCACCGUUGGCCUCCUGUGGUUCGUCCACCACUCGCUCUUCCUCCAUGUCACCAGGACGACGCGUCUCAUGGGUUUGAUGAACACGUUCUCGCUGGCGUUUGUUGGAGGUUUGCCGUUAGCCUACCAGCUAACUCACGAGUUCCCGCGUAACUCGCGUAACGAACUGGAAGCCGUUCAGAUCAGCUGCGUGAUCGUGUUCUUCGCUGGGAUUUUUCAGCUCAGCAUCUUCGUGGUGGCUCUGUUCAGUCAGCAGGAGACGCUUCAUCCUCACGUGAGACACGGCGGCCGCGAGCACGUCUUCAUGCUCGCUAAGUUAGCGCUGUAUCCGUGCGUUGCUUUGACGACGUUUGUCCUCACAUGUUUUCUCACGAAAUUCAGCGCCUCCAUCUUCCACCUCAUGGAGGUCACGGUUCCUCUGGCCUUCCUCGUCCUGAGGCUGUCGGUGCGUCUCGGACUCGCCGCCCUACGUCACGUCUUCUGUCCCGAGGCACUCGGCCCACAGUCUGUCCUCGAGGACGCGGUCGAGGACAACGUGCCGUUUAACACUUGUGAUUUAAUGUCAAAUCCUUAACGUCCACGUUGUCGUCACCUAGCAACAGUAAACCAGCUAAUGCUAGGCUAAUGCUACUUUUGAUUUGCAACAAUCAUCGCAUUUUACUUAAGCAACAAAGUUUCACACCUUUGACCUGAAGGGGGCGACACAGAGUCACUGUUUUCACCGUUAGCAACGUUCAGGAAGUAAAACGUUUGAUGAUGAACAGAGAGGAAGUGACAACACUACGAAAUAAAACAGGAAGAAGGACACAAUGAGGACAGUCUCCUCUCUGACCUUUGACCUCUGUCUGUGGUUGAGUUGACCCGUGGAGCACUUUGAACUUUAGACAUUUAUGUCAUUUAACUUUGCACUAUUUUCAAGAAUAUAAUGUUAGAUGAGUCACAGUUACUGUGUGUGUGUUAACUGGUAACUCAGUCCGUUAACUCUUAACUAAGUCUGUUAACUCUUAACUGAGUCUGUUAACUGGUAACUAAGUCUGUUAACUGGUAACUCAGUCCGUUAACUCUUAACUAAGUCUGUUAACUCUUAACUGAGUCUGUUAACUGGUAACUCAGUCUGUUAACUAGUAACUCAGUCUGUUAACUCUUAACUGAGUCUGUUAAUUGUUAACUAUGUCUGUUAACUGGUAACUAAGUAUGUUAAUUGUUAACUGGUAACUAAGUCUGUUAAUUGUUAACUAAGUCUGUUAACUGUUUCUGUUCAUAAUUGGAUGACAUUUGUUUUGAUGACAUCAUCAUUGACUGUAAUAAAAGUCAGAAUGUUCCUUUAACGUU